AUGGCUCGUCUAAGUAGCUUUGUUUUCAUAGGCUUAAACUGCUUCUCUCUUCUACUAGGGUUCGUCGCCGUCUCUUACGCAGCUUAUAUCCAAUUUAAUGGAGGCACAGUUUGCCAGAAAGCCCUAGAAGUCCCGCUACUGAUAACGGGUCUUGUCUUAGUAGUUGUGUCGUUUCUGGGGUUGAUUGGCUCGUUUUGUAGGGCUAAUAGUGUGAUGUUUUUGUAUUUACUUAUGAUGUUAUUCUUGCUUGUUGGGCUUAUGGUUUUCUCAAUCUUUGUACUUGUUGUUACAAACAAGGUUGUGGUUAGGAAGGUAUCCCCAAACCGCCUUCAAGAUUGCUCUCAGUGGCUGGAAAAUCACGUUGAUGGGAGGAAUUGGGAACAAAUUAAGAGUUGUUUGAUCGAUGCAAAGGCGUGUAACAAUCUUAAUGAUGUAGAUAUCCAAUAUUGGUCUUUAAUACAGUCGGGCUGCUGCAAGCCACCAAUGUAUUGUGGGUUAGAAGCUAAGAAUGCAACAUUUUGGGUGAUGCCGAAACGAGGUCCAGAGGUGCCCGACAGCGACUGCACCACCUUCAGCAACCAGCAGCAGACAUUGUGCUACGAUUGCAAGUCAUGCAAGGCAGGAGUUCUUGGGGAGGUUUGGCAAAAAUGGAGACUUUUGGGUGUAUUCAACCUGUGUGUGGUGGCGAUUGUGAGCAUGAUGUUCGCAAUUGGUUGCUGCGUUAAGAAAAACAACCGAUAUGAUUAUAAGUAUGUUAGCUAUAGUCCCUACUAUUGA